AUGUCUGUUCUGGUUAACGGCAGUGCGACUAGUGAAUUUGUUGUCAAUAAAGGUCUUCUACAGGAGGAUCCUUUGUCGCCAUUCCUGUUUAUUCUGGUCAUGGAAGGUCUUACGAAGAUGUUGCAUAAAGCUGUCAACCAAGGAUUGUUCGUGGGAUUCAAGGUAAACGAUUAUGCCUCCUACAAUAUAGUGCAGUUCACAUAUGACACAUUACUGAUCGGAGAAGCUAAUUGGGAUAACUUGUGGAGUGUCAAAGCUGUCCUGCAAGGAUUUGAAAUGGUUUUCGGGUUAAAGGUUAAUUUCGUCAAGAGUAGAAUUGGAGGUGUCAAUCUUAGUUCAGAGUUUUUGGAGGCAGCUUCGGUUUUCUGCAUUGUAAAAUCUUGA